AUGCUCCUUCAGCCCAUCGUCUCGGCAUUCCUCAUUCUGCUGCCCCCUGGCACGUACGCUAAAUGCUGCUGGGGAGAUGCAAUUAAAGGUAUCUGCGGCGAUGGAUCUACAGGAACGCCUUGCUGCGGAUACAAAAAGUGCAAUGCCUUCUGCUGUGCUUGUCCAGGAGUCUCGGUCAUUCGAGAGGUCAUCGAAGAGCCGGGUAUAGAAUGGACGUCUGUCAUUACGGCGCCUUACGACUCCGUGCACUCCACCUAUGAAGAGUGGACCUGCCGUGCCAGCCACAUUACGACGUGGUAUCCUCCUCCGGCGACAGAACGCGCACUUCCCGAAGACUCAGCGACAACCAUAUUCAGCGCCAGUGAGCCAGUGGCAACCCUCACAGGAAAUCCUCAGCCAACCUUCACGAGCGUACGAAAGCAUCCUCUCGACAAUCACCAAAUGCUUUCAGGAUUGCAGGAGACGUUCGAUCGCGUGAGCAACGGGAAGGAGAAGAACGGGACAAGCAUUAUUACGCUGGAUCAGUACUUUGGUUUCUUCAACGUCACAGACAAUGGAACAGAAACCGACUUCGGCAAACAUGUUGAGGCCAAGUUUCGAGCACAUGACAGGAACGGUGAUGGCUCGCUGACGGUCGAGGAAGCUCAGUUGCUCUGUGACAGGGAUGGGUGUUACUGA